GCGUUUCGGUACGGGGUGGCGGCUGCGUGUUGGUGGGCACGGUGAACGUACAUGUACGCGUCCGAAGCAGCAGACAUGUCGUCACACGAUCGCCAUCGUUGUCGUCUUCGCAGGCGCACCUUCGUCGUCGACGUGUACGCUGUGCACUCCGGUCUUCACUCGCAGCAUCGCUGUUGUGCGGCCCGGCACACGUGGAGUCUUCUGCACUUGGCGACGCCCACGUCGACAGUACCAGUUUCGGCGAUGGCCAUGAACGGGGAGGCGGGCCGUGACACACUGAGCAAGGCGGAGAGGACGGCGGUGGCAGCGGCCGUGAACGCCAUACUCUUCCGGUGUCAAUUGCAGAGGAGCGAGGGGAGGAUGAGAGUGGCCAUUCGCGCACGGCGGAAGAGGACGCUGCAGUCCAUGAAUGUGGAGGGAGAGGACAGUGGUGCCAUUGGCGACGUCAUGCUGCAGGUGUGCUACGCCAUGGGGUGUGGAGCAUUUCCCAGAGCGACGCCCAGGUGGUGGAUGAAGCGAUGGACAGGCGGAACGUGGGAGGAUCUGCGGCAAUGCAACGACGAGACGGCGGACUACUUCAAGGACAAGCUGCACAUGUCGCCACGUGUGUUCCGAGAGAUCACGGAAGCUUUGUCUCCCUUCCUUGAAAGGCGUGUGGGCAUUGGGGGAGACGUACUAGAGCGGGACAUGCAGCUUCGACAUUGGCAGAUCUUCCGGGUUGGUGGCUGUGCGGGAUGUAAUUGCGGCGUUGCUGAGUGCGUACCCCGACAAGAUAUCCUGGCCGAUGGGGCUGCGUACGAGAGUGGGACAUGCAGCUUCGGCAUUGGCAGAUCUUCCGGGUUGGUGGCUGUGCGGGAUGUGACUGCAGCGUUGCUGAGUGCGUACCCCGACAAGAUAUCCUGGCCGACGGGGCUGCAAAAGGCGGUCGUCGUGCACGCUUUCACUGACAAGGUUUUCCCUGACUGCCAUGGGUGCAUCGACCGCACCCAUAUCUUCAUCCACAAACCAACAAAUUGCCCCGGGGAGGACUACUACGAUAGAAAAGGGCAUUUCUCUAUCCAGGCGCAGGUCGUUGUCGAUCUGAACUUGCGCGUGCUGGAUGUGUUUGUCGGUUAUCCGGGAAGUUGCCACGGCGUGAGGAUCGUGCACCUGUCGAGUUUAUGGGCGCGCGUUGAGGCAGGGGAGCUUUUCACAAGGCCACUUGUUAUGUUGUCUUUCGGUGUGCAGAUGAACGGGUAUCUGCUGGGCGACAAUGAUUAUCCCCCCUCCGAAUGGGUAGUUGUCCCCUACGGCGGUUUCUCACAGCACCCGUCGGAGUUAUGCUUCGACAACAAGCAGAAGACGGCGAGGGGAGCGGUUGAGAGGGCUUUCGGCAGACUGAAGGGGAUGUGGAGGUUGUUCCUUUGCUCGCACAAGACGAACAUGGAGAUAUUGCCGCAACAGUUCGUCGCCGUUUGCAUUCUGCACGAUAUACUCAUCGACGCGGGCAUCCCCUUCGACAACAAUCUACUGUGGGAGGUCGGGCCGGAUGGUGUGUGUCGCAGGGUGGAUCUUGGGAUGCAGCGGCCCUUGAGGUCGAUGUGUAUGGAGUCGUCGACGGGGGAUGCGCUCAUUCUGCGGGACGCACUGGCGGAGAGAAUGGGUGCGCAGUGAACACGGCCAGGCGUGCAGAGCGGGCGACUGCGAUGACGUGGCUGUGGCGAGAAAUCGAGCGGGCGAUGCAGGGAGCAGGCGAGAAAUU